GCCGGUGGAUCGGGUUCUGGAGCCGCGAUGGACACCGCCGCGAGUGAGCUCCCCCACAUCGUGUGCCUGCUGCGCGACUCACUGCCGCUGGAGCAGGAUGACGUCAGCGUCUGCUUCGAUCCGGCUCGCUUCGCCCGCAAGACGAACCCGGCUCAGGAGCAGGCCAUCGACAGCCAAUGGCGGCGCCAGUGCCGGCAAAACCCGCGCCUCUUCAACGGCUCCAAGUUCCGGUACGCCGGCCUGCGCUGGACCGGCGCGCCGCAGCUGCAGCUGGGGCUUACCAGCUACCGGGAGCACAUCGGCACCAACUGCCGCGCCGGUCAGCGGCUGCUGCAGGAGGCGGGCGCGGCCGUGCACGGCGACCGGCAGGCGUUCCUGGCCGACCCACUGGGCGUCGGGGCGCUGCUGCUGACCGCCGACAACCGGUUGGCAUUCGUGCGGCGUGCGCUCUGGACGGGCGAGUACCCGGGCCGGCUGGACCGGCCCGGCGGCCACGCCGAGCCGGACGAGCUGCCUCGCGCCGAGCUCGCCGAGCCGGCCGCCGUGCUCGACGAGGUGUUCGAGUCGGUGCGGCGCGAGCUACGCGACGAGCUGGGCGUGCCGCUGACGCACCUCAGCCGCGCGUACUUGACGGGCGUGCUGCGCGACCGCGACAUGGGCGGCCGACCCACGCUCGAGUUCGUCGUCAGAUGCUCACUGCCCUCGUCCGAACUGGAGCGGAUCUACAAUGAGGGCAAGCACGCGGAGGCGGACGAGUCGCUCGGCCUCGUCUUCCUGACGCGCCUCGAGCUCUUCUCGGACUCGUGCGUGAUCCGCGUGCCCGAGCUGGACGAGGUCGACGCCGAGUGCCCCGGGGUGGCGCGGGAGGCGGCUGUGGCGCCGGCGGCAGCAGAUGUGAACUGCACGGGGCCUGAACGCGACGACGGCGCCGCAGUGCACCACUGUGAGGAAGAGCAGGCGGGUGAGGCGGCGGCGCAUGCCGAGGAGCCCAAGGCGCCUGCGGCCGCCGGACCGCCGGUGAGAGGUAAGGAGGCACCGAAGAAGAGGCGAAGGAAUAAGAAGGACAAGAAGGCGGCGGCGGCUGCGGCGAGGAGCGAGGCGGCACAGCCUGCGGGGACGGGCGAGGCGGGCGGGCCGCGGCUGCGGUCGGAGUCGCUCGCCAACAACGUCAGCUCGCAGCUGGUCGCGUCGGACGCGGCGCUCGCCGACGCGACGUCAUCGUCGGCCGACGCUGUGCUGCCGUCUGCCGAGCCGGGGAACCCCGCGUCGGCGGCCGACGCCGGAGACACCCAGGAGUCGCUGGAGGCGGCGCUGGCGCGCGUGGAGCUGGGCUCGGCAGCGGCGGAGACGGACGAGAUCGUGGUGGUGCAGCAGAACGGGGUGGUGCUGCUGAAGACCGGCGAGCAGGUGACUGAGACAGUGAUGCCGACGGCGCCGCUCAGCGGCCAGAUUGAAACGCUUGCUGAGGUGGUCAACAACCCCGAGGUCAACGCUCCCGAGGGCGCCGACGCGGCGACGGCGGAAAAGAGCGUGGAAGAAGCGGAGCGCGAGAGGAAGGCGAAGCUGUGGGAGGAGAUGACGCCGGCCUGCCGUGGAAGUCUGAUGCUGCUGAAGCAGGUGCAGCUGAAGGGUUUCGUGUUCCGGUUUUGAGUGUUGCCGAGAGCACGGUGUUGGUGUGUACAACUGCCAGGGAGUCGGAGCUUGGCCGAUAUUACCCAGAUAUUACACCCGCGGGACGCUCUCGAGCCGUCCGUGUUACAGUACAAUGCACGUUUACGUGUGCUGUUGUGUGUAUACAUUUGUGUGUGUGUGUGUGUGUGUGUGUGUGUGUGUGUGUGUGUGUGUG